UCACGACAUUUUGUAAAUCGUUCACCUGUACGUUCAGUAUGUGCAGUUUUUGUUCAAACAUUAAUUUAAUUUUAAAAUGUAGUUUGUCGAACAUUUUUGUUGUGUUUAUAAAAUUAUAACUAUGUUGUUAUUUAUUAUGUGGUUGCUGGUCCCAACCAUAUUUUCAGCGUACUUUUCAGGUCGACUUAUGUAUUUAAUCUUUCAAAAUUUAACUAAUACAAAAUCACUUAAAAAAUCAAAACAACCGUUUCGGACAUUAGUUGUAAUUGGUUCUGGUGGACAUACAGCUGAAAUGUUGCGUUUAAUGAAUUCUAUGAACAAGUUGAAAUUUAUGCCACGAUUGUAUCUAUUAGCUGAUACAGAUACUACAAGCCGCAACCGUGUAGAAAACGAUGAAAAUGGAUUAGACUGGUCCAUAGCCACUAUACCGCGAUCAAGACAUGUAAAUCAAUCAUAUUUAACUUCCAUUUUUUCAACUAUUUAUGCAAUUUUUAUAACUGUGCCUACGGUUAUAUCAUUCAAACCAGAUUUAGUUUUAUGCAAUGGACCUGGUACUUGUGUGCCAGUAUGUCUGGUUGCUUUUAUAAUGAAAUUAUUCCAUUAUGCAGAUACAUCUAUUAUAUUUGUUGAAAGUAUCUGCAGGGUUAAAUCUUUAUCUUUAACUGGAAAAUUAAUGUAUUUUAUUGCCGAUUUAAUAAUUGUUCAAUGGCCUGAAUUAAGGAAAAAAUAUGGACACAGAGUCAAAUAUCUUGAUGAAGGAUUGAAUUCAUAGUUCUAUUGUUUAAUGUCAAUAACUUAUUACGUUAAAUUAUUUAUGUAAAUUUUUAAUAAAUUGUAUGGAAACUAUGUUUAUAAAUUA